AUUUCUCAUUGUACCUUAUGAUGUGCAGAGUUUUUGAAGUUCGCUGCUUGCACAUUCCAAUCGCUGAUCGGUCCCAAUUUAAAGAGCUGGUGGCAUUUGUUGAGUAUUCUGUGAAGCACGAGCACAGGCAAUCACCGAACAAGCCAAUUUAUCUUCUUGGAGAUUCAUUUGGAUGUUGCUUGGCACUUGCAGUUGCUGCUCGUAACCCCACGAUUGAUCUUGUGCUAAUCCUAGUUAACCCAGCUUCUUCAUUUGGGAGGUCACAGUUGCAGCCCUUGCUUCCAGUUUUGGAGGCUUUACCUAGUGAACUUCAUGUUGCUGUUCCGUAUCUACUCAGUUUUUUCCUGGGUAUAUAUAUCUUCAUUCUCAUUAUAAAUUUCAUGCUCGAAUUUUUUUUGCUGGGGAGUUAUUAUCUUCAUCAUUAACUUUAUCUUUAGCUAUUUGGAAUAGGCCAUGAGUAAAUUUUCAUGUUUGGCUUGUUUCAUGAAACAAAUUACUUGCACGGUGCAAGUUUUUUGUUUAUGCCCGAGGCUGCAAUGUAUGUCCUAAAAUGCCCUCUCACAUGGCUAUUUGUCUGGUUAAUGAUAAUUUGGCCUGAUUAAGUUGGGACCUGGGAGAAUGAGGUUAAACCUUCUAUUGGCAAGAUUGUUGCCGGAG